AUGCAACAAGUUAAUCAUACUGCUGGUAGUUCACAGGAGUCUAAAAUUUGUCAAACAUCUGUAAUGUUAAAGUCAUAUGAUAAAGAUGAAGCAAAUGAAAUGUUAAAAAAAGCAAAUAUUGGAACAAUGGAUUUAAAUGCAGAAGAAAUGGUGGUUAAAUUCCAAAAAUAUUACCCCUGCUUCAAACAACAAAGAGUUGUUGCAAAAGAAUGGGCUGGAAAUGAUAUAGUUGUUUUAAAUGGACCAUUUACAUUUCAAAAAGAAAAUAAUCAUGAUGUUUAUGAAAUCAAACUAGCUUCUUGGGCAUAUAUCAAGAACCUACCUAACAAUAUAGAGAAUCUACUGAAUCUUCUUGAAAAGUUUAACCUUCUUAAUCAUGAUGGGAUUAAAAAAGAUGAAAUACAUAUAAAAAUUGGUGGUGAUCAUGGAGGUGGUUCUUUUAAAAUGAGCUACCAAAUUGUUAAUCAAAAUCAGCCUAACUCAAAAUCAAAUAGUUUUGUGUUUAGUACUUUUAAAGCAAAAGACUAUCGCACUAAUCUGAAAGUUGGGCUAUCUAGAUAUACACAACAAGUUGAUGAGAUGCAAAAAAUGAAUUGGAAAAAUCACCAUUUUCGUGUCUUUAUGUUUGGAGACUAUGAUUUUCUGUGCAGCGUAUACGGAAUCACUGGAGCUAAAGGUCGGCAUUGCUGUCUCUUUUGUGAUAUAACUAAGGAAGAGAUGAAAAUAAUUCCAACAAGUCGAAUACGUGUUGUUUCACAUAGAACACUUAAUUCUUUAAGUGAUAACUUUGAAUCUUUCCAGAAUUCUGGAGGAGUUUUAAAGAGUGCAAAGCAUUUCAAUAAUGUUAUUGAUCAAUCUUUGUUUAACAUUCCUUUGGAUCAAAUUGCUGUGCCUGCAUUACAUAUAUCACUCGGUAUCUAUUUGAAAUUUUUUGUUAUGUUAGAAGAUGAGUGUCAUUUAGUUGAUAUAAAACUUGCUGGAGAACUUGCAUUAAGAAAUAAAAUUAUUGGUAAAACUGAAUUUGAAAAGUACAUUACCAUGCAUGUCAAAUCUUUUAAAUAGCAUUAUUGCAGAUUGCCUAGAAAAAAUUGCUCUUCUACAAGAUACAGUUGGAAUAAAAGUAUUGCGUGAACCUGAAAGAGCUGAAAAUAUUUUGAAAAUUUAUAAGCCAAGAAUACUUUACUAUGAAUUGAGAAAAAAUGACAAGUCAAAAGAACUACAAAAUUUACGUGAAAGUAAUGAACUAGAUAAAGUUUCAGGACCAUGCAUUCAAAAACUCGAUGAAGUAUUGAAAGCAAAUAAAGUUGAAAGGCAAGCAUACCAUGGAAAAUGUUUUGUAGGAAACCAUGUUCACAAAAUGCUAAAACAUCAACCAUUACUUGACUUAUGCAAUUCAAUUCCUAAGCUAGUUGUAGACCUUGGCUUUAUAGAUACUGAUGUUCACUUAUUAUCUAUUGAUGUGAGCCAAAAUUUAAAAAGUUAUUUUCUUAUUACUCUAAAUGUCAUAACAUUAUGAACAGCUCACAUUCUUUUGAAGAUUAUGAUGUUCAGGAACUUGAAUUAGCAAUCAAAAACCUGAUGGAAUUUUAUAGAUUGACAUGGCCAGAAGCUACUAUAACACCAAAAAUGUAUUUACUUGAAAGCCACGUAUCUCAGUUCAUUGAAAAAUGGAGAUUAGGAAUAGGAGUUUAUGGUGAACAAGGUGGUGAAAGUUUGCACGCUGAGUUCAACAAUCUGAAUAGAUUAUUCUGGCAUAUGAAGGGAUGUAACCGACUUGAAAGCACUAUCAAAGAACAUUUUCUAAGAAAUCACCCUAAGGCGAAAGGUAUGAAGCCAAUCGUAAAAAAAAGGAAAAAGAAUUAAUAAACAUUUUGCUAAUUUUACAUAUUAUAAUAUUUGUUAUAUUUUAAAAUAUAAAAGAUUAACACAAAUCGGCAUAGCAUGCCUCGCAUUUUAAAA